AUGAUGCUGUCGAUACUGGGAGUGUUUUGCUACAACAGAGCAAAACAAGAGGAAAAAAUGUCUUCACAUUCGCUGCCGUUCACACGCUCUCACACAGUAUUGUCGGAGGCAACUCUUGUAGAAUUGGACAAUGGCCCAGACAAUGAUUUGAUGUACUGGGCGUCAUCAAAUCGUCCAUCCUCAAAUGGAAGUCGCCUGGGCGACUUCGCAUUCUCUAAUCAUGUUGUGUAUGAUUACGACAAGAUGGACGAUAUCAGCAAAGAGCAACAUAGUCGGCGACAUGUUCGUUUUGCUUGA